AUGCCGGACACUUGUGCCAAGUGCAACAAGCCCAUCACUGGUACUGUUGUGAAUGGCAUGGACAAAACGUGGCAUCCAGAAUGUUUUGUCUGUGCUGGCUGCAGGACCCAACUGUCCGGAAAGCAGUUCCACAAUAAACAAGGCACGCCCUACUGCACCGAUUGCCAAAAAGCCCACUUUGACCCAACGUGCAAAAAAUGUGGCCAAAAAAUUGAUUCAACCAUUAAAUACACUAUCUACAACAACGAGACUUACCAUCGGGAUUGCUUUGUCUGCGCCCAAUGCAAAGUGCCGCUGGAGGGAAAGAAGUUCUUCAUCAAGGAUGGACAAAAUUACUGCGCUGACCACCAAAAAUAA